AAUUCGCCCUUCGCAUACCGGAAUGGCGAUGAAACGAUCUUUCGUGUCCCUGGAGCGAACGUUACUGGCGAAGGCAGCGCUUCGUAGACAAGCCAAAGCUCAUGUCUGCUUCAGCUGUCAGCGAAGAUGGAACUCUGUAUCACAGAAGCCUGGAUCCGAUCGUGUACACUUUCCAGGAGCUGUCAAUUCAAGAUUCACUACCUCCCUGAAGUUCGCACGAGCCGGCGAGGACGAUGCCAUGCCUACGUUUCGAGUCUUGGACCAGGAUGGAGCAGUGAUUGAGAAAGAGCAGCCGGAUAUCAGUGAUGAGGAGGUCUUGAGGCUAUACAAGGACAUGGUCAGCGUGUCAAUCAUGGAUGUGAUCAUGUUCGACGCACAGAGACAGGGCAAAGUCAGCUUCUACAUGGUGUCAGCUGGCGAGGAAGGCAUAGCAGUGGGCAGUGCAAGCUCUCUAGACCCUAGGGAUCCGAUCUUCGCUCAAUAUCGAGAGACUGGCAUCUUCCAAUAUCGAGGCUUCACAUUCGACGACUACAUGGCACAGCUGUUCGCGACCAAGGACGAUCCAGGUUUGGCCAGGAAUAUGCCCGUACACUACGGCAGCGAGAAGUAUCACAUUCACACGAUCAGCAGUCCCUUGGCGACGCAAAUACCUCAUGCCUCAGGUGCUGCGUACGCGGUAAAGAUACAGAACCAGCAGAAUCCUACGGACGACCCGCGAGUCGUUGCUUGCUAUUUUGGCGAAGGAGCAGCCUCAGAAGGAGACUUUCACGCUGCGUUGAACAUCGCUGCAACGCGAGCAUGCCCGGUUCUGUUUAUUUGCCGAAAUAAUGGAUAUGCCAUCAGCACACCGACGUUGGAGCAGUACCGUGGAGAUGGUAUCGCUUCUCGUGGCGUAGGAUAUGGCAUUGACACCAUCCGUGUUGAUGGCAACGACAUCUUGGCGGUCCGCGAGGUGACAAAGCGAGCAAGAGAGCUAGCAUUGCAGGAUGGAGGCAGGCCCGUCCUCAUCGAGGCUAUGAGCUAUCGCGUGUCGCAUCACAGCACAUCAGACGACUCGUUCGCAUACCGCGCAAAAGUGGAAGUCGAAGACUGGAAGCGGAGAGAUAAUCCCAUCACUCGUCUCCGUAAAUGGAUGGAGGGAAAGGGGAUCUGGAACGAGGAGAAAGAGAAGGACUUGCGGGCUGAGACCCGUAAAAAUGUUUUGACGGCGUAUCGAAAAGCUGAAAAGGAAAAGAAGCCACGACUAGGGAACAUGAUGAGUGACGUUUACGCUGAGCCCACCACCGAGCAGAGAGAACAGAUGGCGGCAAUGAAGAAGAUCAUGGAGAAAUAUCCAAACGAGUACGAUGUGUCAGAAUAUGAGGGUGGAAUAGACGGCUUGACAUUGGAUAAAAGAUAG